AUUCGAAACCCUUCUUCUAGCAUGUUCUCCCUCUCCGUGAUGGUGGGCCUGGUCCCCAUAGUGUCUCUCUUCGGCUUGUUCUACUCCGCCGCAGUGGACGACAACUUCCCCCAGGGCUGCACGAGCGGCAGCAGCGUGUGUUUCUACAGCCUGCUGCUGCCCGUCACCAUCCCCGUCUACGUCUUCUUCCACCUGUGGAGCUGGAUGGGGAUCAAGCUUUUCAGACACAACUAGCUCCACCUGAAGCACUUC